GCGGAAGAGCCAAGAUGGCGGCGGCGGGAGCCCCGCGCUGCCCCCGCUUCCCGCGCCCGGCCCCCGGCCCCAGCCCCCGGUUGGACUGAGCGGCCUGGCCCCACCGUCCCGUGCCGGACCCCGGCACCGGUUCCACCGCCCCGCGCCGGGACAUGCCCCGAUAGUGCCUCCCCUCCCCUGGCGCAAUUUCCUCCUGCCGGGCCGGACCCGCACUCCUCCGCCCCGCAUGGCUGGGCCGGCCCCGCCGCAGCCCUGAGCCUCCCCGUGCCUCCGCCGCGGCCGCCCGGCCCCUGAGCCCGCGCUCGGCCCGUUCCCGAGGUGCAGGUGUGGGACCACGAAGAUGUUCUCGGCCCUGAAGAAGCUGGUGGGCUCGGACCAGGCUGCGGUCCGCGACAAAAACAUCCCUGCGGGGCUGCAGUCCAUGAACCAGGCGCUGCAGAGGAGGUUCGCCAAGGGAGUCCAGUAUAACAUGAAAAUUGUCAUCCGGGGGGACAGGAACACUGGAAAAACCACACUCUGGCACCGACUGCAGGGAAAGAAAUUUAUUGAGGAAUAUAUUCCAACUCAGGAGAUCCAAGUCACCAGCAUCCACUGGAAUUACAAAACCACUGAUGAUAUUGUGAAAGUUGAAGUCUGGGAUGUAGUGGACAAAGGAAAAUGCAAAAAACGAGGAGAUGGUUUGAAACUGGAGAAUGACCCUCAGGAGGCAGAAUCAGAAAUGGCUCUGGAUGCAGAGUUCCUGGAUGUCUAUAAGAACUGCAACGGUGUAGUGAUGAUGUUUGACAUCACCAAACAGUGGACAUUUAACUAUAUUCUGAGGGAGCUUCCUAAAGUGCCGACCCACGUUCCAGUGUGCGUGCUUGGGAAUUACCGGGACAUGGGGGAGCACCGGGUCAUCCUGCCCAGUGACGUGCGGGACCUCAUUGACAACCUGAACAGGCCUCCCGGCUCCUCCUAUUUCCGCUAUGCUGAGUCUUCCAUGAAGAACAGCUUUGGCCUCAAGUACUUGCACAAGUUCUUCAACAUCCCCUUCUUGCAGCUGCAGAGGGAGACGUUGCUACGGCAGCUGGAGACAAAUCAGCUGGAUAUUGAUGCAACUCUGGAGGAGCUGUCAGUGCAGCAAGAGACUGAAGACCAAAACUACGAACUGUUCCUGGAAAUGAUGGAAGCCCGAAGCCAAGGACACACAUCACCACUAGCAACGAAUGGGCAGAGCCCCUCCUCCGGCUCCCAGUCACCCAUCGUACCUCCGAGCUCUGCAUCGACAGGCAGCUCCAGCCCCAGCACCCCUCAGCCGCCGCUGCCACUUGCCACAGGCGCCACCAUCUCUCCUGACCCUGCCUCAUCCUUCUCAGCAGUGCCUGCCCCCGAGGCCCCGCAGCCCCCCGCAGCUCCCGCAGCCCCUCCAGCCGCGGCCCCCCCGCCCAAGCGUGGCAUCAUCGCACGGCUCUUCGGGACAUCCCUCGCAGCCGAGCCCACUCCUCCCCAGCCAGAUCCUGCUGCUGCCACUUCUCCCCCCAACCCUGCAGCCCCUGCCAAGGUGCAGAGUGUGGAGGACUUUGUUCCUGAGGACAGCCUGGACCACAGCUUUCUGGAAGACCCAGUGCCGCAGAAAGACAAAGGGAAACCACAGGCCAAACACCGUGUGGAUAGUGAAAGUGAUGGAGAGGCACCUGGAGGGAACCCCAUGGUGGCAGGUUUCCAAGAUGACCUGGAUCUGGAUGACAAAAUCCCCAGCGGACCAAUGCUGGCAGCAGAACGGGUGCCGAGCAAGAACAUCACCCUCUCCAGUGAGGAGGACGAAGAGGAAGAGGUGAAGGACUCUAAGGUCAUCCUGAUAUAUGAUGGCGACAAAAACACAGAGCAGGAAAAAAAAAGGUCUUCUAGAAAUUCUCUGAAACCCCAGAGUGAAGCAAUUUUGACCAAAGCAACUGACCCGAAGCCUCCUGACAGUUUACCUCCCUGUUCUGGGUCUGAACGAAACAACAGCAGCAAGGGCAACACAAGCCUGGCAGCUCUUGCUGCUGCCCCCACAGCAGCAGCCCAGGCCUCAAAGGCCACUGCCCAAAGCAAAGGACUUGCUUCCAAGCAGAAAGUGGUCAAAGAGGAGAAGCCUGAGGAGUCUGACAGUGAUCAAGAGGGACCAAUAGCUACUCAGAUGCUCUCAUUCGUUAUGGAUGACCCAGACUUUGAAAGUGAAGAUUCUGACAGCCAGAAGAAAAAGAUGGGUGUACUGAUCAGGCAAACCAGUACAGCCAUGGCCAUUAACAAGGUGGGGGCAGUGCCUGACCAACAGCACAGCGGGGCCGUUUUCCAUCCAUGUACAAAGAUACAAGGAAAGGUUGGAUCACAGAUUCUGAAGAGGAUGACUUGGCAGAAUGAAUUCCCAGUGCGGGAAGAUCUCUCUGAAGUAUCUGAUGAUGAUACCUCACUGGCAAAGCCACCUCAACCUGUGAAAUCAACAGUCCCCUCCUUUAAACUGAAAAAUGACUCCGAUCUCUUUGGCUUGGGUUUGGAAGAAGCUGGUCCCAAGGAGAGCAGCGAGGAAGAUAAACAAGCUUCUAAGGAGAAGAAGAAGAAGAAAAAGAAAAGCAAAGAGGAGGAGGACAAGUCAGUGAAAAAGAAGAGCAAACACAAGAAGAGCAAAGAGAAAGAGGAGAGCAAAGAGGAAAAAGAGAAAAAGAAAAAGAAGAAGAAGAGCAAGGAGAAAAGCAGUGAGAUAGAUGAACUUGAGGCUUUUCUUGGCGGAGGAGGAGCCAGCAUGAGCAAACCAUGGGGCGGGGGGGACUACGAGGAGCUGUAGUUUGGCUGCAAGUGGACUCUGCACCAUGGCUGUCUCCAUCUUCUCUGAUGAGUCACCCCAGGACAGGCACAGAUGUGUAAAGCUUUGGCCCUUCGCUUAUGGUCUCUCAAACCAGAAUGAGCAAAACAAAAGCUUUACAUCUGUGUGUGCUGCUCUGGUGCAUCGUUACACAAAGAAAACCAAGCUGAGAUGUACGUGAGGCAGGGGAAGGUUCAGGGCAUGGCUCCCAGGCCUGCUGCCAGGCUGUCAGUUUUUCUCCUUGCAGAGAUGCCCCAUCAGGUCACUGGCAGGCUGUGGGGCAAGGAGACCUGACUUCUGCUCCGUCCCUGCUGCAUUCCACUCCUGCACACCUGAAAUUCCUGUCUUGUUAAGAGGAGUGCAACAAAACAUGCUGCAUGAACACAUCAUGCUUGACUGUCUCAAGUCUUAAACUUCUUAUCCUUCCUAUUUUUUUAAGGAGAAAGAUUAUAUUGGCCAUUGCUUCACCCAGCAGUUGAUGAGCUUUAAGUCAAGCAGAUCAUGCUGUGGUACAGCUCUCUAAAGCAGCAGGCGCAGGGACAGUGUGAGAGAGAGUGUGAUUGUCGAAGUCCUUUGAACAGGACCUUUCUGCACAGUAGCUUAAUUAGCCCUCACUGGUGCUGCUGUUGGAAUUCAUGAAGCCUCUUGAUUUCCAUGGCCCCAGUGUCUCAGACACUACAUGUAAGCUGCUAUGCAGUUUGGGAAAACAAUGAAAAGUGCAAGCUAACCUGAAAGAGAGCGAAAAAUCAGUGCUUUUCUGCAUUUCCCACCCUUGAAUUUGCAUAUUCCAGAAUCCCCUGCUGCUAGGACCUCUCAGGGACAUGACUCCAUGCAGAAAUGAAGAUAUCCGGAGCUUCAGGAUUGGCUACAGGGCAGUGUGGCAUGGCAAGGCAUUUGCUUCUCAGGCAUUUUCCAGUCAGGCUGUAAACCCUGGCUGCUGCUCUGUGCCGAGAGGGACCAGCACUGCAGCUCAGCAGCGUCCAUCCUGCUCCAGCCUCUGUCCAUCCUUCAGCCAGCCAGUGUGCUGCCUUUCCUGCCCCAAGCAGAGAGCCUCCUCUGUCCCAUGAGUUUGGGAAGUCUUUUAGUUUUUGCUUUGAACUUAAACCUAUGGAUUAGUACCUGCUCAGCAGCCGUUGGAUGGGCACUACGGCCACCCCUUGACACUCACCUGUGUCUCACUCAGUAGUCCGUGUUUGAUGGAGGUGGGCAGUUUUCUGUACCCCUCCUGGUUUGGGUCUGGGGUCCCUUGCUCAGCUCAGAUGGUGAAGCUUCCUCCAGGUUCUGUGCAUUACAUUCCCCUCUUCCUUGUAAGUUGAUUUGAGGUUUGGUUUUGUUCUCCCUCACCCCUUUCUGUUGUGAAAUGUCAGCUAUGAAAUCCAAACUGGAGUUUCCUUCUGCAUCCCUGUAAAGCAAUGUUCUUUUGAUCCAUUAACCACUCCAGAGCUGUCUUGACCAGCAGGCAUUUCCUGCACCAUUUUUCUUUUUCUUGCACCCAAAAUGCACUUGUAACCAUUUCCCUAUAAAACAAACUGGUUUUUUGCUGCAUGAGCAGUGUGUUAUUCAGGUCUGUCUGCCAUUAGCAUUUGCCUCUGAGCAUUCCACGUGGCACUGUAGGGAAAUUGCAUGGGACAGUUCAAACUUUGCACAGCCGGGGAGGAAAAGGAAGAUUGAGACGGGACCAGUUUGCAGCCCUUCUGGGAAAAGGCAGGUGGAAGUUCAAGCCUCAGCUGCUGCAGUCCUGAAAGUGCUUCUGUUCUAUCAGGAUUUUGGGUCAUGUUCCAUUUUUGCAUUGAAAAACCCUGAUACAGUCCAUUCUGACUAUAAAGCUCUGUUGUACACUUGC